AUGAUCGAUCCCGGUUUGGCAGAGUCUGAAGUCCUGGCGCUAGGCGGCGUUCAAUGGAGACAGAUACGGAGAUACGCACUUAUGAACACUGUAGAAGGGGGCAGAGUCAAUGAGCUACAAUGGCAAGACAACCCUGAGUACGAUAGGGAGCUAUACGAGAACUCCGAGUAUGCCGCGAGUUGCGUUGUCGACAACGAAGUCCCCCUCGACCUCGACGAUGAAUGGAGCGAGGAUGGGAUGGACUCGCUGGAUACAACUAGGGAGGAUACGGAUGAGUAUGAGUACGAUGGAGCAGGCAAUGAACGAUAUCCGCGUUAUCGCUCGGCUGCGACUCAUAUGAGCGGCAGGACAAUGGAGGCUCUCGUUGGCAGAUUUCCGCCAACUUUCACGCAAUACGGAUCAGGGGCGGCGGCAUCGUCUGAGGAAGACGUUAUUCGUGAUGAAGUCAUGAGAGACUUGGAGCGCUACGUGGAUCUGACCGCGGAGCAAAUCCAACAACAAUACCCAGACUAUGCCCAAAACCUCCAAGAUCUCUUAGAUCACCUUGACCGGGACACUUGCUCCCCUCCUAAGCGACCCCGUAUGCUCUUGAGAGCUCGCGCCGAACAACCAAAGAACACUUGUUGCCAGAGUCUUUCCAAAAUUAGGAGACUGGUUGUCGAGCAGAAAAGGAAAUCACGUAAAACGGACAAGGCCGCCGGCGUAUCACCAGAUGAGCUAAAGCGUUUGGAAGAGGGUCAAUUCGACGGUUUUGAUGGUCUUCGCUGCACAGCCAUCCUUACCGCGGUAUUAGCGAGCUAUACAACCAAAGGAAAACCGAGUGGCAGUCUCGGCCGUCGUAAUGAUGAACAAGUGCCAAUGGCCGAUUGCCAGCGAGCUCGCGAUAUUGUACUACGACAGAAAAUUCCGGAACCUUGCCGCAAAGUCAAGAACAUAGAAUUUGACCUUGCCUUGUCCAGCGAUUAUUGGUCUGGAACCUAUGAUAAGGUCGCCGGGACUAUCGAAGGCCCGGCUGGCAAGGCAGACUUUUUCUUCGCGGAGGCACCCGCGCGAGGGACUCAGAAGACGAUUUCCGUGGAUAUGAAAAAGUCCUUCGGCUCAGAUGAAAUUGAUAUCAACGGCAUUGAUAAGAUCACCCUUACUGCCCAGGGGGUUUUUUGGACCCUCAAAGUCGGUAGAAAUGACAAGUUCCAGGUUCAAGAUAUCAAGAUCCGCGCGCAGUGUUCUGAUCCUAGCUUCAAGACCAGGAAUGAUAAAUUCAUUGGGGUCAAUGCAUGUGUGAUCAAGGACCUCAGGUACGACUUCAAGGUAGCAAAUGUCAUCGGUGGCGGAACCUAUGACAAGAUACACCUUACUCUCGGAGAAGGCAAGCAAAUUGAGCUUGGCAGCAACGUGGCUGCUGGAUAUACCAAGGAGGAUGCGAUCAACCUUAAGGAGGCUUUCGGUAAAGACACUGUUGAUGUUCGCGACAUUAAGAAAGUGGCUCUGGCCGAUGAUCUUGGCAGCUCCCUUAUCAGCGGCGACGCAUGGACCUUUCAGGGCAUCACUUUCUCGGCAUCUUGCGCAGACGUGCCGAAAAAGAUGCAAAUGAAGAAGUUUGAAUCGGUCAAUCAAGAUGUCAAGCAUGUAGAUAACGCACCGGUUUGGACUGGCGAUAUUGUUCCCCAGGAUUGGACGGAAGUGGUCUAA